AUGGCUUGGUGGAGAGACCACGCAGAGGACAUCCGAACGCGGCUCCAAGGUACCGACUUUUUGUUCAGAAUCCUGUCUCCUCUCACAUCUUUCCGUCAGCGAAGCAGAUGCAAGGAGUCGGACCGACAAGGCGGCGAACUUUUGGAAACUCUUUUCCUUGGGUCAGGAGUCAGUGCUUCGCCCUCUAUGUCCCGUGAAAUGCCACUCACCGUCAUCAAUAGUAUAACAGGAAUCACGGGUGGCAAUUUCUCAGAGGGACAAGCCGUCGCAGGAACGACGGUCAACAGUACAACCCACUCCUUCCCGGGCGCGGACAACGCUACUUUCAUUCCCCAUCACUCGUUACAUAUUUAUGAUUUCAAUGCAUCGGAAACCUCACCCUCUCAAUCAAGUGCUUGCACUGAAGAUUUCCCCACUGUUGUGCAACAGGUGGCGUCCUCGUCCGAAGACCAGUACGUUUUUAUCGACGAGGAGCCGCCCUCGCCACACGAGGGUGAUACUGACAGUGACAGCCUUGCUACCUCGCUCGACUUCUCCCAGUAUAUUACCUUCAACCCAUUCUUUGAUGACCCGAUUACCCCCCCUACCGUCAAAACUCCGGAAGCUCUGCCGACCCGUCGUCGUGUGCCUUUGACGCCCACGCAACCAUCGGAAUCACCUCAGCAUAGGAACGAAGCGCCAAACCUCCAGCGAGAGGAGGUUUACUUUCCAUCUCCAGGCGCUGUUCUUUUCACCAAUUAUACACAAACCUAUGGCUCGAAUGUCCAUAACACGCUUGAGCCUCCACGACUCAUGCCACCUAAUGUUCCGAGGCUUCAGGCUUCACCGCCCUCUUCCAGCUUCACGUUCAGCAUGGCGCGUGGUGGAGGUCCUGUGACCUACUCCAACUCACGACUUGUGGAAGACCACGACUCGUUCCUACUCCCUGCGUCCACGUUCGAGUCCACUAAUCAGGCCGCGUACGACGACUCAUUCCCACUCCCCGCGUCCACGUCCGAGUCCACUAAUCAGGCCACGUACCACGACUUUUCAGUGGUUCCCGUAUUCAUGCCCGUACCAGGCGGCGGCCAUGUGGAGUACCUAGAUUCGUUCCCACAGCCCGCAUCCACGUCGACAAAUGAAGCGACGCGAUACGACGUCGAACAAGACAUCUUACCGGCCCCACGACCCAUGAUACCCUACAGUGUGUUAAAUGUUCACACCAUACCCCCUUCCUCUGCAUUCACCUUCCGGAUGGCGCCUGACGGAAGCUUCGUAAUGCCCAACUUCUCCAAUUCAGGUCAAUUCCCCCAAUCCACAUGGAGUCGAGAAACGCGUGACGACAUCGAAAAAUAUAACCUCGCUCUAUUCGGUCAAACAUGGUCCCCACGAAUUUAUUGCCGCUGGGGAGGCCAAUGUUUUGAGAUGCUUGAACAUUCGGAGGAGGCGAUUCAGGAACACAUCAAAAGCCAGCACAACGUCAACCUCAAAGGCAAUCACAGCUUGCUUUGCCUGUGGGAUGGGACGUGCAAAGCACGAGUGAGAGGCGUAUCGGCAAGCGAGAUGGCUCGCCACAUCGACACCACAGAUGGUCACCCCAUGUCGCUUGUUGCAUCUGACUUUACGGGUUGGGCAAAGCGUGUAAACGCGUGCACAUUGUGUUCGAAGGCAUUUCCCCGCUUAGAUUCGCUCAAUAGGCAUUUGAAGGCGAAUCAUGGCGUGUACCCUGAGGUAAAGAAGCCCAAGAAACAGACGCUUGCUGGCAAGCCUCGAAAGACCCAUCGUAGAACCGCCUGA